GGGCUUGCCAGCAGAUAGCCGCAGGCAGUACACCAAGCGUGGGUUAGAAGGCUACAGGGAUCUACAGAGCAGGAAUUGAGAGACCUCAACUGAUUCCUAGAGAGCUGUGGACGAUGCCUCGUGAUGUUUUCCCACCAUUGCUGCUCCUGCUGCUGUCUGUGUUUGGGGCGUCCCACGGCUGCCUGCAGGACCCGGCUUCGGCCUACAGAUUUACAGGAACGGUGUGCCGGCUCACAUACCCUGCUGCUGUUGUGUUGAAUGAAAAAACCACCAAAGUGAUUGAGGCGGCGUUCCAACACGCCCGAUACCCGAGUAUGAAGGGAGAGAAAUCCUUGCUCUUUGUCGGCAGAGUCUUAUAUGGUCUGGACAAUUUGGAGAUUCACAACCUGACGAUCGGCCAGAGCGAAUUUGAGCUGCGUCCAGGUGAAGGCAUCACCAUGAAGAUAAGCAACGUGUCAGCUGUGUUCAAAGGGACCCUUCAGUAUGGCUACGGCAGCUGGCUCGUCAACGUCGGUCACUCCAUUGACUUCGAGAUCGAGUCUCAGAUUGAUCUUGGAAUAAACCCCAAACUUUAUUGUGGUAAAGGGAAGGUUGCAGCAGACACCACAGACUGUUACCUGAACUUCCACAAGCUGCAUCUGCACCUGCAGGGAGACAAGCAGCCGAACUGGCUGAAGAAGCUCUUCACCGACUUCGUCACCUUCACCGUCAAGCUGGUCAUCAAGGGACAGAUUUGCAAGGAGAUCAACAAGGUGGCAAAUAUACUGGCUGACUUCAUACAAGAGAGGGCAGAGCACUUUCUCAGUGAUGGCGACAUCCAUGUGGAUAUCGGCAUCACCACUUCACCUGUCAUCACAGCUAACUACAUAGAAUCAUACCACAAGGGGCUGACCAGCUACAAAAACACGACCGCCGUCAUUGACGAUUCUGUUUUCCAUCCCUCACACCUGACCGAAAACAGGAUGCUCUACUUUUGGGUCUCAGACAAGGUCUUCAACCCCAUGCUAAUGGCUGCUCACCAAGAUGACCGCUUCAAGCUCAACAUUUCUGGAGAAGAACUCACUAACCUUUUCAAGACAAACCUCUCCAGCACUACGCCUGAAUUCAUUAGAAAGUGUCUGAUGGAAUCAGGUUCUCCUGAGCUCAGAGUGUGGAGCUCCGUAAUCCCCUUCUUAAACACCUCCACCACGGGCACGAGGGUCUGGACCGAGGCCUCUGGAGAGCUCCACUGUGGAAACCAAGGCACACCAACGCUCAUCUUUAAGACGACCGCGGUCGUAGAUGUCACAGUUUCCUACGCUGACAAGAAAGUCUUCCUGCACGGUAACCCGACAGAGGUCCUUGUAAUCGACGCCAUGCUGCCUUUAUCAAAUCAAGAUGUUUCUAAUGAGGCAGAGCGAGAGUUCAUAAGAGAAGCCGUGGAGAAGAUUGGAGUUCCCAGAGUUCUGUCUGUUCUGGGGACUGAGGUGACCCGGCUGCUGGACCAACAGGGAACUUAUCUGUUCGACAUCUACAACCCUGAAGUUUUUCAUCGGGAUGGCUUCGUCGUGAUUCAGAUGGAUUUCGGUUUCCCUCAUCACCUCCUGGUGGAGUUUCUCAAGAGGACGCUGGAGUGACUGUGCAGUUGCGAAGCAUCUCUGCUGCGGAUGCAAAAAAAGUCAAACACUCAUCAUCAUUUUCAUAUCUUAUCUGCUAUGAGACAUUUAUCUGCUGUAAUGUGUUCUUUUUUUCUUAGUUUUAAAGUUUGAAGCUUCAUUAAAAUCUCACUAAACACUUU